ACAAAAUAAGGAAGUAACCAGGAGUGACCUGUUGAACUUCUGGGCGUUAACGUGCUCGUGAUUUUUAAACGCGGCGAAGGAAGAUUCACUGCCUGUGUUUGUCAGGAUGUCGGACAGCGAGUCCAUAAAGAAAAUGUUGCGGUCUGUGCUCCAGUCCAGCAAGGCUGGCAUCUCCAUUAGCAGUCUCCACUCAGAGUUCCAGUCACUGUGUGGAGAGAGCAUCCCACUGAAGAAGCUAGGCUUCUCAAGGCUGGAGGAUUAUCUCAGGAGCAUCCCUUCUGUGGUCCGGUUGGAGAAUCGCAUGGGUGAGCUGCAGUGCUUUGCAGCAGUGUGUCAAGAGACGGCCCACAUUGCUGAGCUGGUGGCCAAACAGAAGAGCUCCAAGAAAUCUGGUCGCUCCCAUGUUGUCAACUGCAGGAUGAGAUUCAAGCCUUCCAACCCUUACGCACUCAAUGUGAGGCCACAAUCCUCUCUUCGCCAGCCCUCAGCUGGUGGUGUGGCAAACAGGUCAAACUGUUCUCGGUCCCACGGUGGCUACAGAGGCUGCAGCGCCUCAGGAGACUACAGACAGUUGGACCAAAGGUUAAGCUCCAUCACACCUGUGGAACACAGACAGCCGUCUACUCAGACAGCUGUGAAACUGUGCAUCGUGCCUGACAGGAAGGAGAGGAGCUUAGCAGAUUGCCAGCAGCUCAUAGACAAGCCCACUGAGCAAACAGUCCAGCGACACCAGUCUGUGCUGUAUGAUAUGGAGCUGGUACAGAGCAGACUCACUGAGCUGGUGGAGCGACACUGCACUGGGCUGUGGAUGUCAAAGUUAUCAGAUGUCUACAGUCAAAUGUUCAGUGAGAAACUCCACCCUCAGGUACUCGUAGACCUGGAAAAGUGGACACACAUUUGUAUGGUGGAGCAACCCAGCAGCACCAGCCGAGCUGACCGACUGAUCUACCCUCCUCUGCCUCCCAGGCCCUUUAUUGUCCCUAGAAGUAGCACCAACAACUCCCCCACAACAUCCAACAAUUCAAGCACCAUCACCACACCUAUUUCUUCAGGCCCCUCAACACCUGAUUGUCUCUGUAACCCUCUCCUCAAACCUAGGGCCUCCCCUACAAAUCCCUUGGCUAAGCCCACUUUCAUUUAUCCUCCACAAUCUGUUGAUCCCUCAGGCAAACUGUCUUCAGUCACAUUGCGCAGCCCUGCCCACAACCCAGCUCUGGCUCCUCAGCUGACCUCAUGUGUUGAUUUUGACAUCAAUGCCAAUAGUGCAUGUAUAGUUAAUCAUAACUUGACUAACACUGCCACCAGUAACAAGAGCAGCAGUCAGCUCUCAGUCCCUAUCUGGACUUACCCUAAACCAGCAAACGCUGGGCCUGACAUUUUACCCCCUUUGAAGGUCACCUUUUCUUCUCCUGCUGAUUUGGCCUGUCGUUCAACAUCAUCUGAUGUUGGUUUGUCAGAUGAGGUGCGUCAGAGAAUAAAGGAGCUUUUGUCCAAGUACAGUCACGGACUGUGGGCCCAUGCUCUGCCUAAACUGUUCAUGGACACAUACAAGGUGCCAUUCCCUGAACAUGCUCUGGACAAUUUGUCUUUUCUGCUGGAUAUAUGCACUGUGGAGUACCCCAUGGCGAAUGACAAGAAGAAGGCCAUCCUGUAUAACUCCAGAAGAACAGACAUAGAAGCCACAGGCAGCCAAGAAAGCGGGCUGUGCAGAAGCCAUCCCCUCCCCUCUGGUCUUGAGGUCCUGGGCCUGGUGGUUCCUCCCCGUCUAGUUCCUCCCUCAGAGCAGUACCCUUCUGUAUUGGUUACUGAUGCCAAAAGCAGCAAUGCUGUUACUGUUAGGUAUGUAGGUGAGAACUACUCGAAUGCCCAAGAGGCCAUGGAGGAGCUGAUGUGCUCCUUCUACAGCCAACACUCCUCUCCUUUGUCUAACCCUGUUGUCGGGCAGCUGGUAGCAGUCAGAGGGGAGGAUGGAGACGAGCUGGCCAGAGGCCAGAUCUUGAAGGUCGUGGCCCCUAAUAGGUUCCAGGUAUACUAUGUAGAUUAUGGCUUCUCUGUGGAGACGAGUGGGACUCAUCUGCUGGAGCUGCACCAGAACUUCCUCUCUCUGUCCUUUCAGGCUACACACGUUAGGCUUGCAGGUUUAGAGGCAUUCAGCUCCCAUCCACUGGUUGUGUCCUCCCUGGACCAUUUGGCAGUUGAAAAGAUCCUGCUGAUGGAGACAUUAGAGCCAUGUCAACAGAAUGAGAUGCCUUUGGCAGUGCUGCAUGACACUUCGCAGGAUGUUGACAUCAACAUCAACUCUGCCUGCCUCAAGGCUCUCCAGGAGGACACAAUGAACAACCCUCUGACUGUAAAUGCUACCUAUCAGGAUGUAUCUGUCACAAAUGUGUGUGCAGAUGGCAUCAUCUACUGUCAGCUACCUUCCAGAGGGACAGCAAGGCUCAGCAAGUUACUCGAAAAAGUAGAGGCCUUCUUCAUCUCCCAGACAACAUCGGAGUUCCUGGUGUCCAGACCCUUUUGUGGCAAGUUUUGUCUAGCCCGCUACCAAGGGAAGUGGUCCAGAGUGGAGAUCACCAACAUGUAUGGCAGCAGAGUGACAGAGGUUCUCUUCAUUGACUUGGGUGUCCCAGCAACUGUAGAGGUCACAGAUCUCCGAGAAGUUCCACCUGUUCUCCUCAAAGACUUCACCAUUAUCCCACCACAGGCUAUCAAGUGUCGUCUGGCUGAUGUUACCAUUCCAAAGGGAGACUGGAGCCCAGAGGCUGUUAUGUUGAAGGAGGUUCUCCUGGGAUCUGAAGAUUGUAAAAUGAAGAUCUUGAAAUUAGAUCAGCACAAAGGUGACCAAGUGGUCUAUAUGUACCUGUUCAUUGGUACUGACAGCCAGGAACUGGACAAGAGCAUCAACCAUCAGAUGGCUCAGUCAGAGUGGUGGCAGAAACUCGAAGCACAGAGCAACAAAACCACCAGCUAUAAACGCAGCAUGGAUUCAGGUCUCAGUGCUCUAGUGGAGAAGUUGACUCUAAACAGCUUGGACCCAAGCCCCGUUGUCAAGGCCUCAGUCCAGCCUCAUCACAGAGCAGGGGACAUGUCCACUGGAGAUGUGACCACUAACACUGGGAUUCAGCCACUUUCAAUGCCUCCUCCACUGGAGCUCCCCCAGCCUGGUCAGAACAUGGAUGUGUUUGUGCCAGUGGCCUGCCACCCCGGUUACUUUGUGCUGCAGCCAUGGCAGGACCUGCAUAAGCUGGUGGUGUUGAUGGGGGAGAUGAUUCUCUAUUAUAAUCAAAUGUGUAGGACCAACACAACCAUACACAUCCAGAAAGGAGAGCUCUACGCUGCCAAAAUAGACAAGAAUUGGCACCGUGUCCAGGUGAAGACAGUUCUGGCCAACGGGUUGAUUUCUGUCUACGAGUUGGACCACGGCAAGCAUGAGCUGGUCCCCAGGACUCUCAUCAGGCCCCUGAUAGAGGAAUUCAGGCAGCUGCCCUUCCAGGCCAUCACUGCACAGCUGGCAGGUGUGACACGUCAUCAGUGGUCAGAGGAGGCCUCCAUGUUGUUCAGAAACCAUGUGGAGAAACGAGCGCUGGUCGCCCAGGUGGAGAGCGUGCAGGAGGUGAAGGCCGAGCUGUGGGAGCACAGGCUGACAGUUUACCUGGUGGACACCUCACCGGAGGAUAAGGACCUUUGGGUUCACAGCAUCAUGGCCGACAUCGGCAGUGAGCUGUCUUCAUCUGCGUAGGAUGUCUCCUCAUGCAUGGUGGGAAGUGAAACCUUCACCAUUCUGGAUUUUCCUCCCAGUCAAAGACUUUGAAAAGCACUUUAAAUGUCGGGGGCAUAGUCAAGGGUCUUGUAAAUGUAGGACUGACAAUAUUGUUUUGAGUCAACAGUUCUGAUUGUACUAUUGUAGGACUAACUGCAUUUGAAAACUCAGCAUUUAUGUGGGAAAAAAAUGGUACACAUCAAAUGUGUCCUUUAAAUAAUCAUUUGGAAACAAACUCGGAUGACUUUAAUUUGUUCAAGGCGCCUGGUGUUGCAUGUUUGGUUUGUGUCAGUAAUGAAAUAUUGCCUUCUAAUUGGUUUCUGCUUGCUGUGACUUGUGCAUGCUAUAGUGUGGCUUGUUUUCCACUUAAUGCAUGUUUUUGUAUUAAUACUUCACAAAUGGGACAACAUUAAACAUCCUGUGUUGGACAUUUUAA